GGCACUUGAGAUCAAAUGUAGUAUUGAAUUUGGUAUUUCAAAUUCACUUGAGAUAAUAUUAAAUUAAGAAUAUCCUUUUCUUUUCUUUGAUCAAAUAAAUUAAGAAUAUCUUAAAUUCACUAAACAUGAAAUUAGGAAUUAAGAAUUGGUGGGACUUUAUCGUCACAAAUAAUAUAAUUAAUUUUAAUUAUUAACACUAUUUUGAUGGUGAUAUCCUUUCUCUGCUCGUCGUAGAAUUAUUUUUAAAGUAUAGAGAGAGUGUAUAGAUUUUAUUUACCACGUCUACUUUAAAUUCACUAGUCAAUAGUUAUUAUUGGAGUUGGGUUUGUUAUUUGUUGUUGUUCUCCUGUCAUAUCGGCGUUUACGGCCACCGACAGAAGGAGGUUCAGCUCACCGCCGCCUAGUGGUUGUGCAUUUCAUAUUUAGAAUAUUUUAUGUUCAUUCUCAGAGAAUUUUGCAAAUGUCGCGAUUGAACUCGAGCCGUCAGAUCCAAAUCGAUACCUCAGAGCCUCGGUACGAUGACGGCGACGACGAAACCCUAGACGAAAGCAACGACGGCUUGAAAUUUCAGCCGUCGAACAGCAAUUUGACGGAGGAUCUAGAGCCCUUUAUGGGAGUCAAAGUUAGACGGAAAGCCUCUCGCCUUCGUGAUUAUCAGGGUGAUUAUAUCGAUGUUCAGUCCAGACCUCAUCUUAUGAAGAUUCUCGAGAAACAAGGUGACAGAAAAGUCCUGUUUGCUGAUAAAGUUAUUAAGUUCACUGGCUCGGGCAAGAUGAAACGCCGUAUACUUCUCAUAACUGAUUUUGCCAUCUACAUUGCGGAUCCGGAUACUGAUGCACUAAAAAGAAGGAUAGCCCUUGCUGCUGUUGAGAAACUGUGCUUAAGUGAACUAAGCGACAAUUUCUUUGCCAUUAUUAUUCCCACAGAAUAUGACCUACUCAUGGCUAGUACUAGAAAGACAGAAAUAGUGACUGUCUUAGUGGAUGCUACAAAGAGUGCCUCGGACUAUGAACUCGAGGUUGCCUUAUCUAACAGAUUUGAGUACAAUGCAGCUGCAGAAGUAGUGAAGACAGUCCAAUUUGAGGAAGUAGAAGGUGGUGUUAAAACAAGAAUUCUUCAGAAAUGAGUUGCCCAUUCGAUGUGGAUGUCUUAUACUUGUAGGAAGUAUGUUUGUUGCCGCAGAGUCGUAAAAAUUGUGAUCACCCAAUCACGAUCAUUGGCCUUAUUGAAUUGUUUCAUGUAUCUUGUUUGUUUUUGACAAGCAAGAAAUGCAGAACUUGUGUGGUAUAUAGUAGAUCAACAUAGAAAAGAAGAUGCUCAAUUUAUUAUUUGUUGUACCUAAAGUAAAUUCGAUUGAUUAUUGAAUUUCCCCCCUUGUGUGCAUUGCACACAAUUUUUCUCUUUUGAAA